AUGGCGAUCUGUACUUAUAACGCACGUACGCUUGCAUCGGAAGCGGCCAUCGAAGAUCUGAUGAUGCAAGCCAAGAAGAUCAAGUACGACGAACAUGCGACAGUUGGUGGAGUUGGCGUCCUCGUCAACACGAGAACGGCAAAGAACAUCGACUCUUUCGAACAACUUACGACCCGAAUCGGACGUCUGCGGAUGAGAAGAUGUGGUCCAACACCAGCUUUGACUAUCUUCGUCGCUUACGCUCCAACAUCAAGGUACGAAGAAGAAGAAGUCGAAGCUCUCUAUAUGGACCCAGAGAAGUUCUACCGAGAAUAUCAUGCUUUCUACAAAGUCAUAAUUGGCGAUUUCAACGUCAAAGUUGGCCCAAGAAGAACGCCGGAGGAACUUCACAUCGGGACCCACGGCUUACAAUGGAACGACCAGGGGGAGAGGCUCUCCGAGUUCAUCAUGACGACUAAGACCAUCCAUGGGAACUCGCAAUUCCAGAAGCCCUCCUCUCUACGCUGGACGUGGAAGUCACCCGGUGGAGGGUACCGUAAUGAAAUAGACCACAUCAUCGUCAAUAAAAGGUUCUGCCUGACGGAUGUCGCUGUUGUACCAAAGUUCUAUACGGGAUCGGACCAUCGCCUCCUCCGAGGAAAAUUUUCCUUCACAAGGAGAGCAGAGAAAGCCGCCAAGUUCAGAGAGAGAAAUCCCAGGACUACCAUCAACUGGGAUCUCUUCGCUACGCUAGCCGGCUUUUGGGAAGUUUCCGCAACGGACAACAUCGACGAAGAAUAUGACCGGCUUGUUGAACACCUUCACGACUGCGCGAAGAAGGCUGAGAGUUUUAAAACCACCAAGAGACGCCUGUCUCCUGAAACUCUUGAGCUGAUACGCCAGCGUGGAGCAGCACGAGCCGCAGGGAAUCAAGAACUCACGUCCGUACUCGCAAGGCUUUGCAGAGAGGCGAUAAAGGAAGACCUUAAAGAGAGAAGAGCAGAAGUGCUGGCUGAAGCUGCAGAGGUGGGGAAGAGCAUCCGCUAUGCCCGUCGAGACUUUGCCAGUCGCAAGACGAGGAUGACUGCUCUCCGGAACCCAAAGGGAACAGCCAUUGCAUCGAGAAGGGGGAUGGAGACGACUACGACUUCUACUCUGAUCUCUUCCACAGCCAUGUCCACUUGCCUCCUCACCAUCUGA